AACUCAAUCCCCUGAGAGCCACCCCAUCAAAAAAAUGGCCUCCAAAUCCCUCUCUUCACCCAUCCUCCUCCUCUCUCUCCUCCUCUGUUUAUCCCUCUCCGCCGCCUCUCCCUGCAACCAGCCCAAAAUCAAGCCGUCGCCAGCCAAAAAGAAACCGGCAAACCCCAAAAUCAUCCGCCCGCCGUCGUCAUCUCCGGCAGUACAAACAGCUUACUGCCCAAAAGACACCGUGAAAUUCAGUGUUUGUACCAACAUUCUCGGAAUCGGCAGCCUCAUCGGAAGCCCUGUUUCGAGCAAAUGCUGCGAUUUGCUUGCUGGGUUGACGAAUCUUGAGGCGGCGGCUUGUCUUUGCACUGCAAUUAAAGCCAAUGUUCUUGGAAUUAACUUGGAUGUUCCUGUUUCCUUUAGCUUGCUGGUUAGCUCUUGCAAGAAAUCUGUGCCUGCUGGGUACCGGUGUAAAUGAAGCAGAUAAGAACACUGUGAUGGAACCUUCUGGAAAGUUCGUGCUUUGUUUUGUGGAUCUUGUUCGUUAUUGUUCGUUGUUUUCGUUUAUGUUCUUGUUUCAUUUGGUCGUGUUUUUUCAUGUUUCGUGGGUUUAUUAAAUGUUCUUUUUCCCCUCUUGAUUUCACUCGUCAUUACUCUCGUUCAGUGUUAAUAAAUUUGUGGACUUCUUUCCAUCAAA